ACCAGUAAAGAGCCAAAUCUGGAAGCCGGAGACAUUCUUCAAAUUAUUAGUAUUUUUUCGAACUUCUUGGUAACUUUUUAUUAAGUUUUUAUUAGAUUUUAAUCAUGAUUUUCUGAGCCUAAACUUCGGCCAGGUUCUUUCCAAAACUACAGAUCCACAAUAUCCGUGUAAGACGAAGUACUUCGCAAAAUCCAAGAUGGCGGCCAGAAUAGCAAAUUUUGCUCAAAGUAAUAUUUUUACAAAAUGUACAAAUAUUUUACCUCGCCGGAGCGGAAUUUUUGAGGAAACGACACAGAAGACGCUAUGUAAUCGUUGUCUACGUUUUCGAAACCAUACAACGUCCAGUAAGUUUAUUUUUGUUGUUUUUUUUUGUCAGGGCUGGAGCCCUCAGGGAUCUGUAGUGUGUACCGCAUUUAAUAUAAAUUUAUGUUUGUGUACUACAGACCUCUCAACUCUCACGCAUUCGGCGUGAGUCUCACGCAAUUCACUUCACUCUCACGCUCUCACGCCACGUUUAGUAAAUCUCACGCAUAAUAAUCGCGUGUUAUUGUUCCUGCAUAUACGGCCAGACAUUUUGCCUGCAAUUUGGAUACAAAAUAGUACGCAUAUGUUAAUUCGACGGACAAAAGGCAGAAUCAAUCGGAGCAGAAUUCUAUAUGUAAAUUAUCAAAGGCAAAUUAAAGCUCAUUACUGUAUGUCGCAGAAAUACAGUUAUUGUAACUAAAGUGCCUUGUCUUAAAGGACGUUAUGAAGCAAUGUAUUUCAUUAAAAAACACCAUGCUUGGCCAACUCUCAUAAUGUACAAAAUGCCAUUUCAGAUCCCCGGACUUUUACAAAGGUGUCACAUCCCCAAUCUCACUCUUAACUUCUCUGCAAAGUUGAGAGGUCUGGUACUAUAUUUCUCAAUAUGUUUGUAGGAUAUAGUGGAGAGAAACGAAGCAUGGACAAGCCUCAGAAGAGAAAGGUUUUACGGAAAAUCAAAGCAGAAAUAUGUUCGCAAAACAUGUCUGAUCCGGAAAUGGAGAAAGCAGCGAGAUCACGCAAACGUGUGUUGGAAUUGAUAAAUGAUAAAUAAGUACUAGUUGACCAAGGUUAAUUAGAGACUGCCAACAAAUAGGGCCUAAAAAGUACCUGGUUUCAAAGUGUGGAAUAAUUAGGGUCAGAAAUAAUUUUGGCACGCUGUACGGGCAGCCCACAACCACCCGGAGAAAAUUGGGUCGCAUGGUCAAUUGCGUUGAAAAAUAAUAGGGUCGGCCGUAAAAAUAGGGUCGGUCAGAAAACCGGAAACACAGGUAUUUUUUUAGGCCUAGGUCUUGUUCCAGAACAAUGUAGUAGGACUAUAUAGGCUAAGUAACAGCAAUUUUUCUAGCAAUUAGCUUGUAGAAAAAACCUUAGACUUUGAAUGCCUAUAUUUUCCAGAGACAUGUACGCUUGGCGUACCUAUUUUUAUGUUGCACAUUAAUCUCCUAGUGUUAAUACCCCUGGAUGAUGUAAGAAAGGGAUGGACUCCUAAACAAUAUCCACAUCAGGUCCAAACGAUGGCUUCCUAUCUCGGCAUUUUUGACCACAUGUUUGAUGGUAGGAGCUUUAGACCUAUGGUAGUUAUGAACGUCGAUUAUCAGGAUGGUGACUCGGUUCAUUAUGGUAACUUUCUACAACCAACAAAGGUGAAUAGCAUUGGUUACCAUCUGGCCAUUUUGCACUUAUUGGUCCAUGAGGAUUUAACAUGAACUAAACUUGAUCUAACUUAAAGUUUAUUUAUACUGGAUAUAGCUCUAUCAGUUCUGAACUAUUCUUCCUAGAGGUCCAUAAAGAUAAUCUCUUAUUGAUUCAGUGUUACUACAGGAAGAAACCUAAACUAAACUAAUUUUAUUUAUACUGGAUAGCUCUAUCAGUUCUAAACUGUUCUUCCUAGAGGUCCAGUAAGGAACAUCUCUUAUUGAUCCAGUGUCACUACAGGAGGAAACCUAAACUAAACUAACUUUAUUUAUGCUGGAUAGCUCUAUCAGUUCUAAACUGUUCUCCCUAGAGGUCCAAUAAGGAUCAUCUCUUAUUGAUCCAGUGUUACUACAAGAGGAAAUCUAAACUAAACUAUAAUUUUAUUUAUUUAUUCUGGAUAGCUCUAUCAGUUCUAAACUGUUCUUCCCGGAGGUCCUGCAAGGAUCAUCUCUUAUUGAUCCAGUGUUACUACAGGAGGAAACAUAAACUGAACUAUUAUUAUAACUUUAUUUAUUCUGGAUAGCUCUAUCAGUUCUAAACUGUUCUUACCAGAGGUCCAGUAAGGAUCAUCUCUUAUCUAUCUCCACUUAAAGCAAAGAUUAUAUUUUCUAGACAUCGUGUGAACCGGAAGUGUCAUUUGAUCCUGAAGAUGAUUCUCUGGCCACACUUCUUAUGGUUAAUUUAGGUUGGUCAAAUGACUCAAAUCUUUCAAUAUUUGUCAAUCCAUUUAAAAGGCAUGAACAUUUAUGACCUUUUGAAAGUUAAUGUUAAUCUUCUAUCUUCUAAAGAUGGUAAUAUAUUCUCAAGAGGUGAUGAAUUGCUUCAUUGGAUGGUGUGAGUUGCAAAUUACUGAAACGAUCUUUAUAUCUCGAGAGAUGAUCUGUCACGACACAUAUCCUAUACCAGAUGUGUGACGAAUUAUCUGUAAUGGUGUAAACAUACAGAAAAAAACAACAGAGACAAUACCGCAAUCCAUACUCGAACAUUCGCCUUGAUUACGGCCAAAAAUUGUCAAUAUUUCCUUCCUUGUUGCAAAGCUAGUCAUGCUUUUGGAAAGGGAAAAUUUGUUCAUGUGUACAGCCGCUAAGGAAAACUUGAUAAGUGUGCAAGAAAUACUUCAAUCUAUGGUUUUGGCAAACAAAAGCCAAAAUGGCAAAAGGCGGUCUAGACGGGAGAUAAAUGUUUAUGGGAGAUUCUUUUAAGAAUAUACUUGAGUGUAUUUAUGUUACACGUCUCAAAGUAUGAUAUAAUGAUUCCUUAAGUCUUAAAAGACUUAAGGAAUCAUUAUAUCAUACUUUGAGACAUGAAACAUAAAUACACUCAAGUAUACUUUGUUGUUCAUUUUAUAUUAUUUCGUGUUUGUAGCGGUAAUAUUCCAAACGGAGUCAUCAGCGAAGGCGAGGUGGUCAGCCCAUAUCUGCCUCCCUGCCCGGUCAAGGGAACUGGUUAUCAUAGAUUUGUGUUUUGUUUACUGAACCAAACAACUCGCUGUGAUUUUGAGGAGACACAUAGAACAUAUAACACAAGGUUUGAAGGUUUUUCAUAAAUCUUUUCCUAUUUUCAGUGUAGCUGGUUCAACAGCCAAAUUUGGUGGAAAGAUAAUGUGGAACGAUUAUUUUGCGUUUUUCCUCCGAGAAUUUGCUUUCGUUUGCUUUUAUAUUUUAACAGAAAAAAAUUAUUUCAGUACACUGAGAAUCUUGAUAAUGCUUUUAGGAAUAUAACAUAAAACUAAUUUAGAUAACAUCAGGGGUCCGAUCCUAAGGUGCCAAAAAAGGCAGAUGCCAAAAAAGGCACUGCUAGGGGGAUUCUGGGUCUUUUACAGUGAAAGCCAACUCUCAAUAGACAAGUUGCAUUAACGACUAACUUUUGAUCUAGGCAGAAAGUAAAUUCCCGUAAAAAAAGCGUAUUAAAAUUAGUAAAAUUGCAAAAUUUGGUUACGAAAUGUUGUAAAAUACGGAAAACAUAGCCUUGCGAAUUUUGCAUAUUUUGUAUAUGUUUGUAUUACAUGCGGAAAUUGUUACCAUUUUUGAGCUAGCCUGAUAACAGACCUACGUUUCGCCCUUUCCGUCGACGAAUUUUAGGGCGGGUGAAACGUAGGUCUGUUAUCAGGCUAUUUUUGAGCCGAAAAUGGUAACAAUUUCCGCACGUAAUACAAACAUAUACAAAAUUUGCAAGACUAUUUUUUCCAAGCUUUACAAACAUUUCGCAAGCAAAUUUUGCAAUUUUACUAAUUUCAUUAUUAUGCUCUUUUUAGCUGUGGUGUUUGAUUCCCUUCUCUCUUUACUUCGAUUAAAAUUUAGUCUAACAUGCAAGUUGUCCAUUGACACGUGAUAACCAUACGCAACCGUUAAUGUACUUUACUGUAUGUUUUUGUCAUGUCUUUAGAUGUUUAGCAAGCAGAUCGUUUAAAACCGCGACGUUUCUGGAAAAUUUUCAACUCGAUCCUGUUGGCUUAUGUUUCUUUCAAGCAGGCUGGGACAAGUCUGUCUCGAAUACAUUCAAUGAAAUUUUAGGUAACCUUUUCUAAGCUGUGAAUAAUUAGACACACUAUACAAUUAUAUAGUGCGUACAAAAACUCAUUAAUAAUUCAUGAGGAAAACACAGAGAAAAAUCAUAAGCGUGUCGUAUCUUUAUAUGUGAUAGAGAUUUCCCUUGAUUUACAUAAACUUUAACUUUGAUUUUCUCCACUUACACAACGUCUUUUUUGAAAAUUACUUCGCCAAUGAACUUACUAGAUCGAUCGUUUUUUAAGCAAUUUAAAACAUUCGCAGUGCGUGUUUUAUCAAACCUAAAGAUACUCGGCUUCGUCUCGUAUCUUUAUAUCUCAUAAAGGCCUGAUUUCACGAGCGAUUUUUGUCAGCGAAAUACUUCGCCUGUUUCUUUUGAAUUGUGAGCAACCAAGUAGAAAUAAUUUAUUCGAGUGGUCGCAAUUCAAAAGAAACAGGCGAAAUAUUUCUCAUUUCGCUGACAAAAAGCGCUCGUGGAAUCAGGGCUUAAGAUACUGCUGCUCAUGUUUUAAAUAGUACAUAGUUUGGGUGAUUUGGGGGUAAGGUUGGAUUUUGGUGGAAAUAGUAAGGGAGGUGGAAAAAAUUUAGGGGAAGUGCAGCGGUCUAGCUCACGAGCCCCACGGAAAGUUAGGGCUUAGAAUGGGCCAAAGUCAACGUGACGUAUGCAUGUAGUGUACAUAUGUAUCAGUGUGUCAAUCGGAAUUAGGACUGUACAACUCAUCUAAUUUUGCCCUUCAUUACAAUUACUACAAAGUUUCUCUCAAAAGAUUGCAAUAAAAGGUACUUGUCACAGGGAUGAAUGGCUAUCACUGUUUCAAUUUUACAGAAAAACUUUCUUACGAAGUGUAGACCCUAUUAAGCAAACAAAAAUUAAAAUGUGAAAUUUUCACUUUGAUCUAUCAUUGAAACUUUCCCAAGGGGAGUUACAUUCAGGGGAGGUGCAAAACGAUCUCAGGGGAUGUGCACACCUCCCCUCAAAAUCCAAACUAGAGCUGAGUGCCGGAGCUCUGGCAUAGUUUACCGGAGUCGGAGUUGGAAAACUGCGGCAAAAGCUCCGGCAGACAAAAAUAUGGAAAAUUAUUUCAUAUUUCAAUGAACUUUUGGUAAUGGAAAAAUUAAGUUGAAUGAUUUCAAGUUACGAAAGUUUAAUUACUUGCUCCGAUCCGAUUCGUGGCUUCGAAAAUUCUGCAAGCGCAUUGCUAUCGAUACAAAAAUCCGCUGACCCCGAUGUAUUUUGGGCGAAAAUACCACGCUGCAAUGCGGCUUUACUUUCUACAAAACAUUGUUUAAACAAGCACCGAAGCACGUAUAUUCCGUUGAUAAAGCUUAAAAAGGAAUAAAGUAAAUUCUGAAAUUACACUGAAAUCCUUUCGCCUGCUUGUACUUUUAAAUAUACAAUUUCCUUGCAGGGGCUGGAGCUUUGACUGCCGUAGUUAAAUAACCGGAGUUUUCACAGCUCUAAUCCAAACAUGUUUGGGGGUGUGAUUCAUUAACUUCGGUUGCAACAAAAGAAAGCGAGUAUUCUUCUGCAGUAAUGCAGUUUAGAGCUGAUAUAGAGGCACAUGCCAAUUUCUUAAAAACAUUCCUUAGUAUUUGUUUUGUCUCGUUGCAGGAAUGAAAGCGAGUAUUCUUCUGCAGUAAUGCAGUUUAGAGCUGAUAUAGAGGCACAUGCCAAUUUCUUAAAAACAUUCCUUAGUAUUUGUUUUGUCUCGUUGCAGGAAUGAAAGAACCAGUCUAUGACAUGGAACCAUUCUUGACACCAAAUCAGAAGAAGUGUUUGCAAGUGAAGGAAGUAUUCGCUAAAAAAUAUACGAAUAUGUAACAAAAGAAUUUUGUAAAUGAGAUAUACAAAUGUAUACAAGUUUUAUUCUUCCUGUAAAUUAUUUUGAAUAAAUUUUGUAUUAUCUUAUAUUUGUUUCCAAGCUUUUAUGAUUUUUACCAUCCAAUUCACUCACAUAAUUUAUGUAUAUACAGUAUAAUCUAAAUAUGCUUGGUUACCUUUGUUCCAUUCUAUGCUUACAUUAUCAGAACAGUGGUAACUAGGCAUGUGAGUUAUCAAUUCACUCACAUAUAUAAUUUAAGUACUUGGUUACCUUUGUUCCAUUCUAUGCUUAAUUAUCAGAACAGUGGUAACUAGGCAUGUGAGUUAUCAAUUCACUCACAUAUAUAAUUUAAAUGCUUGGUUACCUUUGUUCCAUUCUAUGCUUACAUUAUCAGAACAGUGGUAACUAGACAUGUGAGUUAUCAAUUCACUCACAUAUAUAAUUUAAAUGCUUGGUUACCUUUGUUCCAUUCUAUGCUUACAUUAUCAGAACAGUGGUAACUAGGCACGCGAGUUUUUGGAAAAUGUGAAUUGGAAGAUAUGCAACGGACAUAAAUACAAUGAGAAAGGUUAUCUAACUCAACAAUAUAUAUUGGAUAAAAGUUUUCCUGAUCUCCCGUUAACUUCUUUACGAAGUAUGCCAGUGGUCAAAUUUAUUAAUAACUACAUUUUAUACAACAGGACCUUGGCAAUUUUAUUCUUCAAUGGAAGCCGUCCAAAUUCACUUCUUUUCUACAAUAUUUUCUGUUACAAUAAUAUGUCUUUUUGCGGUAUACUUUAUACCAACUAAGCUAAUGUCAUACAGUAAAUUGUAAGUAUAAAAUUAAUAUAAGUUACCUUAUAGAAUUAUCCUAAGGGUCCGAUCAUUAUUUAUGGCGAGGGGUGGCACCAAAGAGAAAAGGGUUGGGUAAACAAAAUUUUGAAUGAGUAAAAGGUUGGGUAAAUGAAAAACAAAACAACUCAAGGGUUGGGUAAUAAAGAUUUAUUGUCAUUUCCAAAGCAUGACUAACUCAAAUAUUGAAGACUAAAAAGCAAUGUCAACAGUCAUAUGUCAAUACAAUAUGUACUGUAAAUCAAUCAGAGUCACUAUGCUGAUCAUUUUCCGAUUUAUCAGCGGGCAAAUGGUGUUUUGAAAGAAAGUACAUGUGCAGACAACAUGAAACGAUAGACGGCAGAAAAUUGCACAAGCAGUUAUUAAACUCAUGUCACAGAAGUGGUAAAGGACAUGUGUGACAACAUCUGAGUGGUAUCCUUUUGUAAAGUUUUUGGCCAGGAUGGGUAUUUAUUUUUCAAUUGAUAUUUG